AUGAAAGAAAAUGAACCUAUUAUCACCAUGGUUCACACAAUGAUUGAGAACUCGGCGCUAAGACCCCAACUGUACCAGCAACUGUCACAAGAAGAAUGUAGAGGUACAUUAUACAAAUACAGACCUGAAGAAGUGGAUAUUGAUGCCAAGUUAAGCAGAUUAUGUGAACAAGAUAAAGUGGUACAUGCUCUGGAAGAGAAACUUCAGCAGCUCCACAAGGAGAAAUACACGCUUGAACAAGCUUUGCUGUCAGCGAGCCAAGAGAUAGAAAUGAAUGCAGAUAACCCAACAGCCAUUCAGACUGUGGUGUUACAGAGGGAUGAUUUACAAAAUGGCCUGCUUAGUACAUGUCGAGAACUGUCUCGAGCUACUGCCGAACUGGAACGGGCAUGGAGAGAAUAUGAUAAGUUAGAAUAUGAUGUAACUAUUACCAGGAACCAGAUGCAAGAACAACUAGAUCGACUUGGUGAAGUUCAGACUGAAUCAGCAGGAAUUCAGCGUGCACAGAUUCAGAAAGAACUUUGGAGAAUUCAAGAUGUCAUGGAAGGGCUAAGUAAACACAAACAGCAAAGGGGCACUGCAGAAACAGGUAUGAUAGGAUCAAAGCCUUUUUCAACAGUCAAAUACAAAAAUGAGGAAGAGGAAGUAGUCCCACCUCGUCCUCCACUUCCUCGGUCCUAUGAGUUUACAGAGCAGCCUCCCAUAAUCCCCCCUCUGCCCAGUGAUAGCAGCUCCUUGCUCUGUUAUAGCAGGGGCCCAGUGCAUCUGCCUGAAGAAAAGAAGAUUCACCAAGUUCAAGGAUAUCCAAGAAAUGGAACUCACUGUGGUCCAGAUUAUAGACUGUACAAGAGUGAACCAGAGUUAACAACAGUGGCAGAAGUUGAUGAAUCUAAUGGAGAGGAAAAGUCAGAACCUGUUUCAGAAAUGGAAUCUGCAGUUGUUAAAGGUUCCCACUUUCCAGUUGGAGUAGUCCCUCCAAGAACGAAAUCACCAACACCCGAAUCUUCAACAAUAGCUUCAUAUGUAACCUUAAGAAAAACUAAGAAGAUGAUGGAUCCAAGAACGGAACGGCCAAGAAGCGCAGUAGAACAGCUCUGUUUGGCUGAAAGUACCCGACCUAGGAUGACUGUGGAAGAGCAAAUGGAAAGAAUCAGGAGACAUCAACAAGCAUGCCUACGAGAAAAGAAAAAAGGAUUAAAUGUUAUUGGUGCUUCAGACCAGUCACCCUUACAGAGUCCUUCAAAUUUAAGGGAUAAUCUAUUCAGGAUUCCCCAGAGUCGAAGGAAGGAUGACUUGUUAUCAAGUAACAUCAAGGAACCAGACACUGUCAUUAGAGAAAAUGAUGUAAAGCCAAACCAUGAAACCUCUGCAGCAGAGACUGUUCAACUGAAAGAAGCUGAAUCUCAAAAUGCAGACUUCAGCAAAGAGGUUAGAAAAACUGAAAGUGUUUCUUAUGAAACACUUUUCAAACCUGAGCCAAACGGAGUAAAUUCUGAGGAAGUGGUGGAUAAAGAAGAAAACAAGGAAAAAUUGCCUGAGGAUGUUUCAUACAGCACUUCCCAAGAUGUAACACAGAUCACAAAUCAUAAACCAGAGGGCCACCCUGAAGAAGAUACAAAGGAUGAUACUCAUGAACAGGAAGAAACUGUUAUUUCUUUUGAAUUAACUCCUGAAGCUUCUAGAGGAAAUCAAACAAUGGCAGUGAAAAGUCAGCCCCAGUCUCCUGAGUCCUCAGCAUCACCAGUUCCAUCUACUCAGCCGCAGCUCACAGAAGGAUCACAUUUCAUGUGUGUGUAG